AUGAUUGUUAAUCAGUCGCUCGCGUUCAUCAUCGUCAUCAUUUCCUCCUCCAUUUUCGUGUUUGCAGGAGCUCAAUCCCCCUCCUCCGCGCCGUCCCUUCCUCCCCCCUCCACCCCUUCUCCUCCUCUCCCCGCCUCCCGUAACCUCGCCGCCCCCCGCGACGACCCUCCCCCUGUAACCUCACCGCCUCCAGGUGUCCCCAACCCUACAUUGCCGCCGCCCGGUGCGCCCCGCCGACGGUCGCCCCGUCCGGAAAAAAUCGCCCGUCCGCCAAGAAAAUCGCCGCUCGCCAGUGCCCCGUCCGUACGCCGCGGUGCGCCGCCGCCGACGGUCCCGAGCAGGAGCGUCCUCCGCCCGCCGGUGGCACCGCCGUAUGGUCCCGCCGGUGGGGCCGCCGGCGCAUGCUCCGGCAAGUACCCGCCGGCGGGGCCGGCGGUGGCGCCGGCGCCGGCACCGGAGAAGGGGAAGCAUAAGAAGAAGAAGAAAAAGAAGCGGCACGGGAAGAAGCACGCGCCGGCGCCUGCGCCGGUGGCGCCGAGCCCGCCGGCACCGCCGGUGGCGCCGACGCCGCCCGACGCUGACGCCGCCGGACCGGCACCGCUGGCCUCUGAUUUGAGUGGAAGCAAUGGAAUGCAUGGGCACAUGGAGAUUACUAAGAGGUGCAUUAAAACCCUAUUGGCUACUAUUUUGGUGUUAACACUUUGGUAAAGGCAUAUAUAAAAAUAGGAGUGAAAUAUAUAUAUAUAUAUAUAUAUAUAUAUAUAUAUAUAUAUAUAUAUAUAUUCCUUCAUAUCUUGUAUUUCAUGUAUUAAUUAUAGAGGAUUCAUUUUAUUCAUAUUUCCAUAUAUUAAAAAAAAAGAAAAAAUUCACUAUAUUUUGAUUAUUA